GUUGGUCAGUUGGUGGCCAAGAAAACGCGGGAUUAGUCAAGAGAGAAAAGAAAACGCAGGAUGAGUCAAGAGAGAAGCGACAUCGAUCUCAGAAUGUCCCUUAGAGCCAACAAGGUCGGUUGACUUUGGCCAGCAUGGAGGUGGCUUCGGGCAAUGACGAUAGCCAGAAACGAAAAAAAGAGCAGAGAGACUCCUCUUGCCCGAACAGUACUGCGGACUAUCAAAAUGGGCUCAAUCACCCCAAAAGAAGAGACCAUUCUCAUAACGGGCAUAUCAGGAUUCGUGGCUUCGCACAUUGCUCAUACCUUCCUGGAGGCCGGAUACCAUGUCCGCGGGACCGUCCGCUCUGAUAAGUCCAUUGCUGGCAUAAAACAGGCUCACUCGCAGUAUGAGGAUCAGUUGUCCUUCGUCGUCGUCCCUGACAUGGCGGCCACCGAUGCCCUUAACGAGGCAAUGGACGGAGUGACAGGAGUCAUCCACACAGCGAAUCCCUUCAUUUUGGACCCCAAAGACAACGAAGAAGAGCUGCUCAAACCCUCGAUUAAUGGGGUCUUGAACGUCCUCAAAGCUGGGGCCACGCAGGGUCCAACCUUACGUCGUAUCGUUCUGACGGCUUCCUUUGCCUGUAACCUAGACCUCAGCCAAGGUCUUCGCCCAGGGUAUACGUAUACCGAGUCGGAUUGGAACCCCGCCACGUAUGAAGAGGCUAAGAACUCGUCCAGUGGCGCUUUCACAUAUUGUGCAGCAAAAGGACUGGCGGAGAAGGCCGCUUGGGAAUGGAUCGAGAAGAACAGGCCAUCGUUCUCUUUCACUGCUAUCAACCCACCGUGGAUUUUUGGUCCUUCAUUGACUGGAAUAAAGUCCCUGGACCAUUUGAACGAGUCGACAGAGGCAAUUUGGAAGCUCGUCAAUGGCUCCGCCAAAGAAGUUCCACCCAUUGAUUUUGCAGGCUGUGCAGAUGUGCGCGAUAUUGGCCUCGCUCAUCUGCGCGCAUAUGAGUUAGAGGAAGCGGCUGGCCAGCGAUUUAUUGUCGGAUCCCACUUCGACUAUCAAACAGCGGUGGAUACUCUUCGCGACGAUUUCCCGCAGAUUCAGGACCGCAUACCACGAGGAACCCCGGGUAAACGAGAACCAGUGUACCAGGUGGACGGGAGUAAAGCGGAGAAAGUCUUGGGCAUCAAGUACACACCCCUCAGCGUGACCCUGAAAGACACGGUGAACGACCUGCUCGACGCGGAAAAGGUGCUAACAACCUAAGACGCCAUCGAGAAGCCGCAACUUACUCCGUACUCCGUACUCCGUACGUAGCCGCAGAUCGACUUGAAGGGAGAUGCGGUGGGUCAAGGACGUCUCUCGCUGGGACAGAGAAAGAGCGGAUCCAUUCAGGAGGCUCUGAGGAUCUAGUGCUCCGUACUCGUGGAUAGUCGAUCAACGAUGAGAAAGCGAAACCGACCAACUCGAAUGCAUUCGCAAGCUGUCAAUCCGGCUCCGGACUAUCGUACCGUCGCCAUUAGCCUUGUCUCAAGCCACAA